UCUACAUCAUAAUCUCACCUUGAUACCUCCUACCCGUACCGGCUACCUCCUCUCCAUAAAACACCACGAAAUCCUCUCGGUACCAUCACCUACAUUCAUUUGAACACGCUCAUUCACGACACCGUAACAUGAAUACGCCUCUCCAAAUCAAGACCGCCAAUAUGCCACCUAAUCAAAAGCUGGCAUACGCGACGGCGAAACGUCUCGUCGAUCGUCUCAAGCCCAACAGUGACCAAGAUGCCGAUAAGGAGAACAUCUUCACGGACUCGGAUAGGGGCCGAGACAACGAGAAUCCGGAGAGACGAGAUGCCAAUCCGUUGACGCGACGAAAGGAGCCCCCUAUCCUUGAUAUGGACAGCCCUUUCGUCACCGUAGCCGAUGGCAAGCGACCCGGACCGAUGCGUGCAUCUGCCGACACCCCGAUUGAAGCGAAACCAGAUUCCACCCUCCCCGCCCUCGACGCUGAAGUCCCGAUCGACCGCCCUGUACCCGAGUGCAGGCGACAGCUCGAUCAAGAGGUUCGCAGGCCUAUGCCGAACGAACUCCACGUGACCUUUGCGACAUACAUCACGUACCCGGAGGUGCCGCCUUUGCUCGAUAAUCGUUCGGUUGUUUCCGACGCCGCCGGGACCAUGGACACCGCUGACGCCGCAGUUGUUGCGACCGGACCGGCCGCUCUGCCCCCGAAGCCCGUGGUCACCCCUUACAAUCAAGAUACGUUCGAGCAGGCUAUAGCCAUCUUCCUUCAUCCACGAAUCCCCAACUGGACGGGCGCGAGGAAAUGGCUCGAUGAGAUCCUUCCGGCUACAUUGGUCGGUUACAUGAAGGGUACGGGGCCGACCCAGAAAAAACUUUACAACUACAUCGUCAAUCUGAGGCAACGUCAAGCCUACCGCGAGCUGCACGCCGGCAAACCGACAUUGGCUUUAUUUUAUUACCUCAAGAACUCUUAUCCCUACUUCUACAGUCACAACCAGCAGCAGCGAAUGACUGCGGCUGACCGAGAGCAGAUGGAUGCUGACGUGACGCGGGAAUUGAACGAGUUGGGAAGCAAGCCAUUGAGACGUGCUCGUCUGCCUCGCACGUAUACGCUCGGUAGUUUACCUCAGAAGAUGGGCCGCUUGUAGUUAGAGAGACAAGCACCACGCCUGCGAUGUCAGAUGUCCGUAAUAACCGUCACCGAUUCAAGAUUACAUGUCGAC